AUCAACCACUAUACAAGCAAGCUUAAUUUUAUUGUACGUAGCAAGUAAUAGAAACCAUCGCCAACAGCUGUUUUUAGGCAACACAAAGUGUUUUGUCAUAUAUCAAAGAGAAAACACAAAACAAAUGUCAAGUUAUUCAAGAGAGUUGUCAUAAAAAUGCCAUGGAAAAACAAGGCGGCCUUUUUGUCUUUUAUCCAACAUGCACUUUUGUAGUGUAGUAUAUAAUAUAGAAGCAAGCAGUUAUUAGAAGCAAAACUGGAUUUGGUAGAAAAUUGUGGUUUGUUAUUAAUAUUAUGGGAGGAAAUAAGAAUGGAAUAUUCAGGUAUGCAGAUGGGUUGGAUAAGUUUUUGAUGUUUUGGGGAACGUUGGGAAGCAUCGGAGACGGAUUGCAAGUCCCCUUGAUGAUGUACGUUCUUAGCGGUGUCAUCAACCAAUACGGAGAUCCAAAAGCCAUUGUUACUUGUUCAACUGUCGACAAGUAUUCGCUCAGGUUGCUUUAUGUUGCAAUUGCAGUUGGGUUAUCUGCCUUUGUUGAAGGACUUUGUUGGUCAAGAACUGCAGAAAGACAAACUUCCCGAAUGAGACUCCACUACCUCAAAUCGGUCCUUAAACAAGAUGUCGCCUUCUUCGACACCCAACAACCUGCUGCUUCCUCUACCACUUACCAAGUUGUAUCAACCAUCACCGCCGAUUCCAACGCCAUUCAAGUCACCAUCGGCGAGAAGAUACCAGAUACUCUCGCCUACUUGUCAUCCUCCUUCUUCUGCCACAUUUUCGCAUUUACGCUAUCUUGGAGGCUUACCUUGGCUGCCCUCCCAUUCUCCAUAAUGUUCCUUGUACCUGCCCUCGGAUUCGGCAAGCUCAUGAUGGAUGUAGGAAUGCUUAUGAUUGCAUCCUAUGCUACUGCUGGUACUAUUGCAGAACAAGCCAUUUCCUCCAUAAGAACCGUCUAUUCCUACGUUGGUGAGCAUCAAACCAUCAUUAACUUCGGCAACGCACUUCAAACCACCAUGGAACUAGGAAUAAAGCAAGGCUUUGCUAGAGGACUUAUGUUGGGAAGCAUGGGGAUCAUCUACGUUAGCUGGGCGUUCCAAGCUUGGGUUGGAUCUCUUCUCGUCACUAAACAUGAUGAAAAGGGUGGUGAUGUUUUCGUUGCUGGAUUUAAUGUGCUCAUGGGAGGAUUGAACAUAUUGACUGCACUCCCAAAUCUCACGGCCAUUGCGGAGUCAAAAGGUGCUGCUACUCGAAUCAAUGAGAUGAUCGACAGAAAUCCAACUAUCAACUCUGAAGAUAAGAAAGGAAAGGCUCUAUCAUAUGUAAGAGGGAAAAUCGAGUUCAAAGGAAUCUACUUUAGCUACCCUUCGAGGCCUGAUUCCCCUAUUCUACAAGGGUUGAAUCUCAUGAUACCGGCUGGUAAGACUGUUGGUCUUGUUGGAGGUAGCGGUUCGGGCAAGUCAACAACUAUGUCACUUAUUCUAAGGUUUUAUGAUCCAAUAGAGGGUGAGAUUUUGUUGGAUGGACACAAGAUAAAUAAACUUCAUCUCAGAUGGCUGAGAUCCCAAAUGGGUCUGGUGAAUCAAGAGCCAAUUCUGUUUGCAACUUCUAUCAAAGAGAACAUACUGUUUGGGAAGGAAGGAGCAUCUUUUGAUGAUGUUGUAGCAGCAGCCAAGGAUGCAAAUGCACAUGACUUCAUUGUUAAGUUGCCAGAUGGGUAUGAAACCAAUGUUGGGCAAUUUGGAAUUCAACUAUCCGGAGGGCAAAAGCAGCGAGUUGCAAUUGCUCGUGCACUAAUUAGAGAUCCUAAAAUCUUGCUCCUCGAUGAAGCAACAAGUGCACUUGACACAGAGUCUGAACGAGUCGUGCAGAAAGCCAUUGACCAGGCCUCUGUUGGGAGAACGACUAUUGUAAUUGCACACCGCAUGUCAACAGUUAGGAGGGCCGAUAUGAUAUAUGUGAUUCAGGCAGGGAAAGUAGUCGAAUCAGGCUCACAUGCUGAGCUGAUGCAAAUGAAUGGCAGAAAGGAUGGUGGUGGUGAGUACUUAAAAAUGGUGCAGUUGCAACAAUCAGCUCCAGGAAAUGAAGUCAUGGACAUAUCUAAUAGUUUCCAAAGCCCCUACAGAAUGUCAGUUGCAGCCAGUCCAACAAGUGUGAGAUCGAGUGCACCUAGCACCCCAUCGCUGAAUCCAUUCAGCCCAGCGUUCUCCAUUACUACACCCUAUUCCGUUCAAUUCAACACCUCUUAUGAUAGUGAUGAAGAAGAUAAUUUAAGGAAACUAUCUCAUUCAGCUCCUUCUCAAUUUCGUUUGUUGAAGAUGAAUGCACCCGAGUGGGUAGCAACCCUCUGGGGAUGCUUAGGAGCCAUAGGCUCCGGUGCUGUUCAACCCAUCAACGCAUACUGUGUAGGCGGUGUUAUCCAUGUUUAUUUUGAAUCCGACAAAUCCUCCAUUGUAGAUCAUGCAAGAACCUACUCUUUCGUGUUCUUAGCUCUUGGUGUUUUCAACUUCAUCUCCAGUGUCAUCCAACAUUACAGCUUCGCAGUGAUGGGCGAGAAGCUGACCACGAGAGUACGAAAGAAACUGCUUGAGAACCUCUUGACUUUUGAGAUUGGUUGGUAUGAUGAAGAUGAGAACACAAGUGCAGCCAUUUGUGCACGUUUAUCAUCAGAAGCUAACAUGGUUCGCUCACUUGUAGGAGACCGUUUGUCAUUACUAACUCAAGCAUUUUUCGGGGCCGUCUUUGCUUACACGUUAGGACUAGUACUCUCAUGGAGGCUGGCACUUGUGUUGAUGGCUGCACAACCAUUCCUCAUUGGAAGUUUCUACGCUAGAAGCGUCUUAAUGAAGAGCUUGUCAGAAAAAUCUCACAAGGCUCAAAAGGAAGGAAGCCAACUAGCAAGUGAAGCUGUGAUCAACCAUAGAACAAUAACCGCCUUCUCUUCUCAAAGAAGGGUGGUUAGUCUCUUCAAGGACACAUUAGAAGGCCCUAAGAAGGAAAGUAUCAGACAAUCAUAUUAUUCUGGGGUAGGGCUUUUUAGCUCUCAGUUUAUGGCGACAGCUUCAACUGCGUUGGCAUAUUGGUAUGGAGGUCGACUAUUAACACAAGGAUUAAUAGCUCCAGAGAAGCUUUUUCAAGCAUUUCUCGUGUUGCUGUUCACAGCAUAUACCAUAGCUGAUGCAGGGAGUAUGACUAAAGAUAUAUCAAGAGGAAGCAAUGCCGUUAGUUCAGUCUUUGCAAUUCUCGACAAGAAAAGUGAGAUCAAUCCAGAUACUUCACACGGACAUGAUUCCAUAAAAGGGAACAUAAGGGGCCGUGUGGAGCUGAGAAAUGUGUUAUUUGCUUAUCCGUCUAGACCAGAUCAUAUGGUGUUCAAAGGACUGAACCUCAAGAUAAAGCAAGGAACUUCGGUGGCACUUGUGGGGCCAAGUGGAUCUGGUAAAUCUACCAUCAUUGGGUUGAUAGAGAGGUUCUAUGACCCAUUGAAGGGUGUGAUCUGUAUUGACGAACGAGACAUAAAGGAGUAUAACUUAAGAGCAUUGAGGUCGCAUAUAGGUUUAGUGAGUCAAGAGCCAACUCUUUUUGCAGGUACCAUCCGUGAAAACAUUGCUUACGGGAAACCAAGUGCUAAAGAAUCUGAGAUUAGGAAUGCUGCAAUGCUUGCCAAUGCUCAUGAAUUUAUAAGUGGAAUGAAAGAUGGGUAUGAAACAUAUUGUGGAGAAAGGGGUGUGCAGCUAUCGGGAGGCCAGAAACAAAGAAUAGCAUUGUCUCGAGCAAUUCUCAAGAACCCUGCUAUUCUACUGUUGGAUGAGGCAACCAGUGCUCUUGAUACCAUAUCAGAAAGCUUAGUUCAAGAAGCACUGGAGAAGAUGAUGAAGGGACGGACAUGUAUUGUGGUGGCUCACCGUCUCUCCACAAUACAAAACUCUGUAUCCAUUGCUGUAAUUCAAGAUGGGAAGGUGGCAGAGCAAGGGUCUCAUUCUGAUCUUCUAUCUCUGCAUGGUGGAGCAUAUUCGAAUCUUGUGAAAAUGCAGGGUGGCAACUCACCUUUCCGACAUUAAAACACCAUGGUCAACCAAGUUUGGUAUGAUAUUGCACCGAAAUUUGUAGAUCAAACGUUUUAGAUUGGGCAAAGGGAAAUUCAAUGAAAUUUUGAGGCAUAAAUUGUGGGAAAAUGCAAAUAGGAGGAAAAUAAAAGAGAGUAAGGUAUUUAUGCUUUGCUAAGAGGCAUUUGUGGACAUUUACUGGCACCAUCUUUUUAUCAAAGGUUACCAUGUUACAGCCAA